ACGCAACAUAAACGUCAAACGAUAGGCGAGCAAAGAAUUUACAACUGCUGCUGCGUAAAGUUUGUUGAUAAUUCGAAGCAGUACGGCAUUUUAGCAAAUAAUCUAGCAAGAUGAUCGAACAACAGAAGCAGCGAAUUGAGAUGGAGAUCACCAAACAGCUGGAUGAUCUUGAUCGCAAUGUCUUACGCAAAAUGCAAGCUGAUAUGCACCAUUGUGCUAAAACAUGUUGCAUGGAUACGUUGUCCUCAAUGGAUGCGGUGCAGCAGUGUGUCGAACGUUGCUCUACUCCUGCCCAACAAGCCCAGCAACAUGUGGAAAAAGAGAUUAACUCGUUCAACAGUCGCCUGCAGCGAUGUGUAAUGGAUUGCAAUGAUACAAUCAAAGACAAGAUGGGAGCGAAUCCAUCGGAAAGCGAUAUAGCUAAAUACACAGCAGAGUUCGAGCGGUGUGCUAUCAAAUGCGUUGACAAACAUGUAGCAAUCUUACCAAAUAUGUUCGCCACCAUGCGGAAAGUUCUGCAAAGCAGAUCAUCAUCGUAAGCAGUGCUAAUGAGUAGAGGAUUAUAACUAUACCACCUGCAUAUGACUACGAUUGUGCAUUUAGAUGGUACAGCAGAUCAGGUGUAGCUAAAAUGAUACUAGCAUUUGUACAGAUUUAGUAAGAACUCAACAGUGUAUUAAUGGUAAAUACAUAGUGUUCAAACUGC